GGCAGCGACGGCGGGAUGGCGGACGCCGACAAGCCCGAGGUGCUCGGGGCCGCCGGCGACGACAGCCCGCAUCAGCAGCCCGCGGAGCAGCCGGGCGAGCCGCGGCGAGACCCGCACCCGCACCCGCACCCGCCGGAGCCGGAGCCGGAGAAGCAGCCUCCGCAGCACGGCGGCAGCGGCAGCAGCAGCUCCAAUGGCGUUAAAAUGGAGAAUGAUGAAUCAGUCAAAGAAGAUAAAUCUGAAUUAAAAGAAAAAUCUUCAGGAAAUAAGAAGGCCAAUAGAUUUCAUCCUUAUUCAAAAGACAAAAAUUCGGGCACUGGGGAAAAGAAGGGUCCAAAUCGAAACAGAGUUUUCAUUAGCAACAUCCCAUAUGACAUGAAAUGGCAAGCCAUUAAAGAUCUAAUGAGAGAAAAAGUUGGUGAGGUUACAUACGUGGAGCUCUUUAAGGAUGCGGAAGGAAAAUCAAGGGGUUGUGGUGUGGUUGAAUUCAAAGAUGAAGAAUUUGUAAAGAAAGCACUAGAAACUAUGAACAAAUAUGAUCUUAGUGGAAGACCCCUGAAUAUUAAAGAGGAUCCUGAUGGAGAAAAUGCUCGUAGGGCAUUGCAACGAACAGGAGGAUCAUUUCCAGGAGGACAUGUACCCGAUAUGGGAUCGGGGUUGAUGAAUUUACCACCUUCCAUUCUCAAUAAUCCAAACAUUCCUCCUGAGGUUAUCAGUAAUUUGCAGGCUGGUAGACUUGGUUCCACAAUUUUUGUUGCUAAUCUUGACUUCAAAGUUGGUUGGAAGAAGCUAAAGGAGGUGUUCAGCAUAGCUGGAACUGUAAAGCGGGCAGAUAUUAAAGAAGACAAAGAUGGCAAGAGCAGAGGAAUGGGCACAGUCACUUUUGAACAAGCAAUUGAAGCAGUUCAAGCAAUUUCUAUGUUCAAUGGGCAGUUUUUGUUUGAUAGACCUAUGCAUGUGAAAAUGGAUGACAAGUCUGUCCCUCAUGAAGACUACCGUUCACAUGAUAGUAAAACACCACAGCUACCACGUGGUCUUGGAGGCAUUGGAAUGGGACUUGGUCCAGGUGGACAGCCCAUUAGUGCCAGCCAGUUGAACAUAGGUGGUGUUAUGGGAAAUUUAGGUCCAAGUGGUAUGGGAAUGGAUGGUCCAGGUUUUGGAGGAAUGAAUAGAAUUGGAGGAGGAAUUGGGUUUGGUGGUCUGGAAGCAAUGAAUAGCAUGGGAGGAUUUGGAGGAGUUGGCCGAAUGGGAGAGCUGUACCGUGGUGCGAUGACUAGUAGCAUGGAGAGAGAUUUUGGACGUGGUGAUAUUGGAAUAAAUCGAGGCUUUGGAGAUUCCUUUGGUAGACUUGGCAGUGCAAUGAUUGCAGGAAGAAUAGGAGCUUCUAACAUGGGUCCAGUAGGAUCUGGAAUAAGUGGUGGCAUGGGUGGCAUGAACAGUGUGACUGGAGGAAUGGGGAUGGGACUGGACCGGAUGAGCUCCAGCUUUGAUAGAAUGGGACCAGGUAUAGGAGCUAUACUGGAAAGGAGCAUCGAUAUGGAGCGAGGAUUCCUAUCUGGUCCAAUGGGAAGCGGAAUAAGAGACAGAAUAGGCUCCAAAGGCAACCAGAUAUUUGUCAGAAAUCUGCCUUUUGACUUGACUUGGCAGAAACUAAAAGAGAAAUUCAGUCAGUGUGGUCAUGUAAUGUUUGCAGAAAUAAAAAUGGAGAAUGGAAAGUCAAAAGGUUGUGGAACGGUCAGAUUUGACUCCCCAGAAUCAGCUGAAAAAGCCUGCAGAAUAAUGAAUGGCAUAAAAAUCAGUGGCAGAGAAAUUGACGUUCGCCUGGAUCGUAAUGCAUAAUUUCAAACCACGGAACAUUCUUACAUCUGUUUUGCUGAAUCUCCUAGUAAAAAGUCAUUUUUUUAGUAAUACUGUAUGCUUACAAAAGCUGUAAAAAUGAACUUUUAAAUCUCCCACCAGCUUUUAACAGUAUAGUGUGAAAUAUACUGUGAUUUUUGUUAAUCUCAAGUUUGGGUUUUUAAAGACAGCAAGUCGGUCAUUCAGUUCAAAUGAAUGGUUAUACUGUUUUUAAUGAAAUAAGCCAUUUUUCUUCUUGUUACUUUACUACAUAGUGGGAUUUGUUUGUUCAAGUUUCCUCAGCUUUUAUCAACUUAUUGUAAGGUAAAACAUAGGUGAUUUUUUCAAAACUUCCGUUUUAUAUAUGUAAUUGUUCUUGAAAAGAAAGGGCUCAGGCAAAUUAGGAUGUGAUUUGGGUUGGUUUUAAAUUACUUUUCUUUGGCGAUAAAGAAUUACUGUAAGUAAGUUUUAGAUUCGAAAGUUCAGGAUCUUUUUUAUUUGACUUAAAUGAAGAAGUGGAGUUUUCCUUCUCUUCCCUCUCCCAUCAUUCACAUUUUCCACAUAACACUAUUAAUAUUACCCUCCACAGCCUCUUAUUUUAUUAUUUCCAAGGACUCCAAGUUCAUAUAGAACUGAUAAUGUGGCAAUCCCCAGGUAUAAUAACAGACAGACUACUCCUAACUUUCUAUCUAAUUUCCAGCCAUUGAAGUGAACUGCUGAAAAAAGAAAAAUAAUUGAUAUGUUGAGAGAGAUGGUUAUGUAAGUUAGUCCUCUGCUGUUCACUUCUACAGGAGCUGAUGCAUUUAUAAAUGCAGUUUUAAUAAACCAUGGAACACCUAGGCACAGCAUAUCAAACACGUUGGAUCCCACGAUGUUAGACAUAGCCAUAUCUCCUUUGCCUGCAGAAAAAACAUGUUGUUAAAAUGUGCACACCAAUACUGUAUUUUGUUAAUAAGCUUCAUAAAAAAACACUGGAAAAUUUUUUUGUUUGUUGGUUUUGGAAAAUUGUUAUAUUAGAACAAAAGUCUUACUGAAUUUGUAUUUUUUAAUUUGGGGGGUUAGUAUUUAAAGUCUUAACAUUUAUUUAAUAAUAAUUAUCUUUAUUUAUUAAACCAUUUUUUAAUAAGGUCUAUAGAUUACUUGUUGCUUUUCAUUCUAAUUUAAUAUGGUUAAUUAUGAUUUAAUGCACAUUUCAGAUAAAUAUUAUUUGGGGGAUUAGAUUUAGUGAAAUUACUCUGAUAUUAAAUAGUAAAUCCUUCCUUUUGAGUCACUCUUUUUUUUUUUUUCUUAAAAGUAUGUUAACUGAGGAAAUAAAUAUCUUUAAAGGUACCUUUGCUCAGUGUAUUUCAGAAUAGCCAGUCUUGAAGAAUGGGCAUUGCAGCUUGAGGGGCCUAGUUCUUACCUUUUCUUGCAACCAGCACACUUGUAAUUGUGUCUGGCAGGCUUGUUCCUGCUGCUAAUAAAGUAAGGCCCAUUACUGUAUCUGGAAUUUCUAAAGUUUCCCCUGUAAUAAACAGAGAUACUACAAGUUGCAGAUCUUAUUUCAGAUAUUUCCUUUCUCAACAAAAAGAAAACAGGCACAUUUAGAUUUCACAACUAAUAUGUACUUAGACUUUACCUAGCAAAAUAUUUGAAUAAGAUUGGUAAAUUGAAAAACCCAGGUAGCAUUAAUUUUUAAUGACCGCUAAAGAUAUUUAAUAGAAUUCUACUAAGGAGUAAUUCUUCUACCCCGGUAUGCUUACAGAAGGUUUGGAUGUUCACUGUUAUCAAGGCUGUUGCUUAAUAUAUGCUAAUAAGAUCGGUCCUUUUCAAACUCUUAAUGUGAUCAGGAUUAAGUAAAUUGUUUUUAGCUAUUUUUAACCUGUAAAUGUUAAGAUGGUACAUGUUUUUUAAGUCCUACUUUGAUGAUCCUACCUUAAAAAAGGAAAACAAAAAUAGGGUUCUACUUGAGUCUUCCUAACAUUAUGGUCCCAAUUUAUUAAUUCUGUUAAAUUUGGUAUCAAGUUCAACAUUUGACAGAAAUGUGUUCAUUCUGGGACAUAAUCAGGGAAGUUAAAAGUACAUGUAACUACUGUUUUAAUGUUGCGAUUGAAAACUACUUUAGAAUCUUUUUUAAGUAGCUGUUUAUUGCAUGCUUUAUAUAUUGAUAUUGGAAUUGUAAUAAUGGUUGUUAAUUUUUGUUACCCGUUUGCCAGAGUUCAUAUGUACAUAAGUAACACUAGUAUUUAUCAUCUUAGGGGCUGUUCUAUAAUAUUGCUUGAUUUUGCUCUUUAACUGAUUUCCUAUUGUCAAAUAUCUGGCUGAGAAAAUUUGGAGAGAUUUAAUAUGCAAGCUAAUUGGACUCUUUCAUCUUUCUCAUUAAAAAUAAGAAAUACUCUGAUAUUUUGCUAGCAUGCUAUUCUAAGUCAUAUAUUAACUUGGGAAAAGUCAGAGAUCUGCAGGCUUUUUUUUGUAAAGGGCCAUGUAGUACUUACUUUAGGCUAUGCAGGCUAUAUGGUUUCUGUUGCAGAUAUUCACCUCUGCCACUGUAGUGUGAAAGCAUCCAUAGAUAAUGUAUAAAUGAAUUAAAUGAAUGGGUUUGAUUAUGUUCAGUAAAACUUCACUAGCAAAAACAGGAGACUUGGUUGUUUGGGUACACAGGCGAUAGUUGGGUCACCUCUGAUAUGUCCAAGUUAACCUUUUUGGGAGAAGUUUUAAUUUUUUUUCCCCUAUGUUUAUAUUCAGUUUUUUUCCUUGGAAUUCUGUGGGACUAGAGCUGAUUAUGGCCAAGCAGUAAGAUUUAAUUUUUAAUCAUGAAGAUAGUAGAACCUAAAUUUAAAUUUUAUUUUAUGCCCUUUUCACCCAUUUCAUAGUUUGUUUAUAUGUCCUUAUUAAAAAGCAAAAUGAAAUGCAAUCCAGUUAAACAGUGAGCUCACAUUGUUAUCUCAAAAUGCUGGCUCCUUGCUAUAUGUUUCAUUAUGGAAUGGAAUUCAGUAUAAAGAGUAUAUUGUGAACCUCAUACAGUGUGAUUUAAUUAUUAGUGUAAUAGGGAGAUAUCCUGUGUAUUUAAUUUCAUUUAUAAGAAGAUCCGUGGCCUUUAACUCUGGCCUAUACAAUACUGAGAAUAUAGUUGAUAUGUAAUAUGCAACUUAAAAACCCUGAAUUGAUCUUGUUGGUAUAUUAAUAUUUUAUCUUUUUAUAUCUUUAGUCUUUGCUGAAAUAGAAAUUUCCUCUGUAACUAGAUUACUUUUAGUGAAUAUAUGCAGUUUCUUCUUCUAUAAAACUGAUUAUUUUCUUUAUAAAUUGUGAUCUUGUACUAAAGAUACAUACCAGUUAUUGUGACCAUCCAAACCAAGAUAUAUGUAAAUGCAGAUAUCCACAGUGCUGACAUGAAAAAGGUUAUCAUAAAAUAAUUUUUCCAAAAUUUUCUUCUACAAUCUGGUGUGGUUAGGAAAAGUAAGGUAAUAAUAGGAAGGGAUAGUACCCAAAAAAUUCUUUUUAAGUCUGCUUCAGGCAUGUUGAAAACACUUGGUGGAUCUGUUGAGGAAAAAAAUAAAUGAUUCUGAGUUUUCUCAAAUGGCCAAUUAAGUUGGAAAUGUCCAUUUAGAAAGCUAUAUUGAAAUAAAUUAGCUGUAUCAGUUUUUAAGAGGCUAUUUAAAACAUUUGAAUACCUCAUUACUGAUAUUGCUGGCAAAAAGAAACUAAUUGAGACUUUAGGGCAGACAGUAUAAAAUGUUAUACUCAGCAUUUCUUGUUUUGGGGCCUUAAAUCCAUGAAAAUCUUGGGUCAUCCACUAAAUAUAUUGGACGUAAUGUUUAUGAAGUACUGGUUGGACUUUCUUUUGGUUUUCUACAGUGUGGAUGGUAAUUUUUAGUAACUUUUUUUGCUUUAUGGUAUUAACCUGACUUCUACCUAUUAUAACUAUUAUACUUGUCUUUCUUCCUCAGUAUUGAUGUUUCUAGCCUGCCCUAUGUAUAAGAUAAUGCAUACAUACUUAGGACAUAUAAAAUAAUUAUGGCAUAAUCUUUUUCUUAAGUUGAAUAUUCCAUUCUAAUUUUCAUUGUAAGUGAAUUUUGGAGGCUUGCUUCAUAUUUCUCUCUUAACAUUAGUUUACUAAAUUUGGAACUCACUACAGUUCUUAUGAAGAACCUUUAAGAAAAUAGCAACUAGCAUGAAACCUACAAUAUAACUUCUAAAACUUUGAGUAUGUUCCUUAUUCAGUACGUUUUAUUAAGUUAGUGGAAGACAAUAAUACAUUCGAUAAAAAUAAGCAUUCACUUUAAAAUCAUUUAAAAUUUGCAUGGCAUUUACAAAAUAAUGUACCCAUAUAUUGGAUCAAAUUAUAUUACAACUAAUACUAGUAAAAUAACUCAUAAAAAAAUUUGCCAAGCCUCAGCCAAUGGGCCACCAAGUAAAUUUUAGAUAUAAUCUCAGUGUAAUGAAAAAAUUUAGAAUGGUCCUUUUGAAUUUCUUGUUAUAAAAUUCAACUUAGCAAUAUGUACCACUUGAAAGGCUAAAAAGUAUAAUUUUUGUAAGAAGGGAAGAAGUUUUGUUUUAAUUUUUUUAGGUGGUAAAUUAGAGUAACUUCCCUUCCUAAUGUACUUAGGUAAAUUUAGAAUCUGUUUCAUACAACCACUUUGUAAGAAGCUAACCUAUAAAUUUCUAUUUCUGGCCAUAGAUGAAUUUGACUUCUACUAGAUAUCUAAAUGUUUUGCUACUGCUUCAAAUGACAUACUUAAAACUCAAAUGUUUCUUUUUUCCCAUACCAUCCCUUUUUCUUAAAUUCCGAGUUUUUGUAAGUGAUGUUCCCAUUUUCUCAAUCAAUCAUAAAGCCUCAGAAUUUUCUCUUUUCCCUUUCCUGACCUUUUCUGGUCCUUCUAUUGCCUCGUCUUGGUUGAUACUUCCUUUGCAUUGUCUUUUUUAUUCCUACUUUCCUUUAUCUAGGCGUCUACCAAACACAUCAGCUAUUUUAGUAGCCUCUUACAGACUUCCAUUUCUUUUAUCCUCUAAUUCUCCUGCUUCAUAAGCCUGCAAAGACUUGUGUACUAGCAUUUAAGACUCUUCUGUCCUAUUCUUUCCUAUCUACCUUUUCCCUGCUUCCUUAUUGUGUACAUUCUGUGCUCCAGGUAUGCUAGUACAUGAAUAGGCCUUUUGCUCAUAUAUUAAUUCCUUGGCAUUAAUUUACAGAACAUACUUUACCCUUCUACCCCUUCUACAUGAUAGUUUACAUAAUAAACUUCGUAGCUGUUACUUAUUGGUCAUAAAUCAAGUCAUCAGCUAAAAUCUGAUCUAUUCUACAAGGCUCAGUUUAAAUGUUCCCUUUUCUGUGAUAAUCAUGCCUGUGUAGCCAUCAGAUUUUAUACAAUCUGUCCCAUUUAGGAGCUACAGUUACACUUUUCUCUUUACUUAAACCUUCAUAUGUUAGCUAUUUUCUUUUUUCUGUACAGCAUUGGAAGUUUCUUAAGGAUAGGACCACCUCUUCUUCACUUCUGAAUCUCCACGGUAUGUUUUACAUAAUAAGCGUGUGUAGUAAUUGCUGAAUUGAAAUGAGAUUCUUAAGUUUUUCUAGUGAAUAGACUUACUAGUGGGCAUGAUGGGCUUAUUACCUUCAGAAACCUGACUUAGAUCAUGUAAACUUAAAGGAAGCUGAGAGUAGCCAGACUCUUCAUAAAAUAUCCCACUGUCAGUUCUUGAUUGCCGACGGAUGAAUGGCUCACCCUCAUCUUCCCAUCCCAUCAGUGGCUGUUGUUCACUUCUCUCCUCCAUAGCUUCAGCAAGACAGGUGCAGCAAGGACUGAAUUUCUUUAUAAUAUAUUGGUUAAUUUUAAUGUCAAAACACAGCACCAAAACAUAUAAUCCAUAUAUCAAAAGCAGUAAAGUUCCUUCAUACCUAUAAAUUAGAAAACUUUGUUUUAAAAUUAAAAACAAAAGUUUUUUUUUUUUUAAAGAAUUAAUAGCUUUUGAGCAGUACCUGCUUAAUAAUUUUCUGGCAUAGCAAUAGAACAAGCAAAGAAUAUUUCUAGAUAUAUUUUGGUUUUCUAAGAUUUGUCCAAACUUGGCUACAGCAUUAUUAGAAAUUUAUUGAUGAAGGCUUGACAAUCCUUUCUAUAUUUCAACUAAAACCAAGAAUUAUAAACUCAUCUUUAUUUAGAGAUUCUUUCAAUGAUAGGCAUAAAAAAUGCUUUGAAAAUAAUAAUUGUGGAUUUUCAGAAUAAAAGUUAAUGAAUAAUGAUGGGCUUUCUUCAUCUCAGUUCAUUGGCAGCAAACAUCCCCCAAAAUGUAUAGUGAUUAUAAAAGAAUGUUAGUUCAUUUCAGCUGUGUCUAUUCAAAUCUGGUAUAAGAAUUUUAUGUAAAAUAUUCAGAAUAUAUGAGGCUUUGGGACUUCUCGAUUUACUGAGUUUUUUUUUUUUUUAAUUUUGACAUAACUGAAUUUGGCUUAUAUUUAUACAAGGAAACGAGGAUAGUCUUUAAAAUAAAAUUGUACCUUAGGCACUGAGAACUGUUGCCCUGUACCCUGGUUUCCUAAAGAGUUAAGAUUAGCUAAUACCAUUACAUUUGAACCUGUCAUUUACCUUUUAUUUUAUAACCAGUGAAUUUCUGCUACAGCUGAAAGCACAGAGUUCUUGAUUUCCCUAAUGGAGGGAGUAUAAGCUUGGAUACUCUCAUAGUCAUUGUCUCUAUAGAGACAACUGCUGAGUCUCAGAAGGAUCCUUGCUAUAUCCAUUGGUCUUUCUUCAGAAGACAGACCAGAUUUUAGGAUGAUUCAUUUAGAAAUUGUUCUCCCUGCUAGAUUUUAAGUUUCUAGUCAGCAGGUAUUAUGCAGGGUUGCUAAGUUGUAGUUCUCCAGAAGGGUGCCAUUUACAUUGUUUUCUAUUUUUCUGGUAUCCUCUGGCAUUGUGCAGUGCACAGCCUCUGUGGCUGUGCAUUGUACAUUUUUCUCCCUCUUUUAUGAUUCCUAGCAUAGUGUUUUAACGCCUAGUAGAUACCUGGUUCUUACUAGUUGAAGAAGUUACUAGCUACCCACUGAGUCAAUCUCUGUUUCAGUUUCUUGAAACGGCAAGAUACUGGGAGGUUACAAAGAAAGCAAACAGUUGUUAAUACCUAAAUAUUGUUAAUUCUCAGAGGAAGAAGGCUGUACUUCCUCUUGUUAAAUGAACACUAGAAAGUUGGAAGAAUCUAGAUUUUAAAAUUUACUUCCUCCCUAAUUUCUCUCCAAUCCUGUGACCAUGAGCACUUCUAACAAAGGCAAAGUAAACAACCCAAUAGAUGAAAGACCCAACUGAUGGGGCUUGAGUGGACAAAGGGAAGACUUUCUGAACAGGCAGUGGGGUGAAGGAAGAUUGGUAAUAUCCAGUGAUUAGUGAGACAAGGAAACUGACAUGACUAAAGAAAUUUCAAAGAAGGGAAAAACCCAACUGGCAACUGUGAUGAGGAAGUUAGCUCAGAGGCAUAUGAAAAAAUGUUCUAGAAGUGGCAGGUAAUUGAGAAGUGACUGAAAUAACAUUUCUGAAGAACAUUGCUAAACCAUUGGAAUCUCAUAAAAUCCUCUCUGUAAUUGUGUUUUACAUAAGAGUAACGGUUAUUUCAAGCUUACCAGUAAACUUGGUUGUCGAAUAUUAUGCCAAGAACUGCAGCUACACUAAUUGCAUAUGCUGCACAGUCUCUGAAUAGGGGCCAACAUGAUAGCGUUGAGACCUGUAAAAUGACAAUUUACUGUUUCCAUUACACUGUAACUUUGAGUACAUGCUUAGCAUAAUACUGGAAUUGUAUGUAGUUAAAUAUUGUUAUCUUUUGCAUUUUGCUUAGAGAAAAAGGAAUUUUAAGAAAAAUUGUGUUUCAAAACCUACUCUGGUUUUCAUAAAUUUGACCAAGAGCUAUUUGUGGGUUAACUUUAAAUGGAAUACAUGUUUUUCUACUGAUUAAUAAAUUUGAUUGAACACAUUA